ACUUCAACCUCGCUCCUUGCUGGGGGUCGUUGAAUUGUGGUCGCGGAUAAUCUAUCACCAAUAUCUGAAAUCUGCUCUCAUUAUCAGGCUAUUUCAGCAUACACGCCAGCCCUGGACUCAUACACGCAUGUAUCCAUAGUUGAAUCGAUUAUUGGUUCGGUUUGACCUUUUUCUGUAUCGAGCUCCAUGCCCUUUAUCGAAAAGCCCUACCCCUGCAAGCGCCGCACACUAGCCGCAAUUCACGUGCGGUCCGUUUCGCGCGCGUGUUCCGUACCUGUCGCAGACAACGAGCACACAUAAGCUUGUAAGAAUGGUGCAUGUCACGGCCUAGCCUUGUUUCCCUUUAUCUUCCACUUUUAUCACAUCAACAAUGGUAUCAGCAGGCAAAUUUUUUACCCUAGUGGUGCUCUCCACGCUAAUGGGGUUCUCCUCAUACGGCGCUGGCCUUCUUCCAUUGUCGGUGCCGCUCACAUCGGGCAAUAUCAGGUCCGUCUCUGUGUUGGGGAUGGGGGUGCUUGUGGGGACGGCGAUGGUGAUUAUUAUCCCAGAAGGCGUGGAAACUUUGUACAACUCGGAGUUACACAAGCCAAUUAAUAACGAGACCAGAACAGAGGGGGCUACCCCGGAGGAAAGCUCGGUGAGGAUUAACGAACGGGAAUCGCACUUUGUAGGGCUCUUUUUGCUCAUGGGGUUCAUGUUCAUGUAUUUUAUGGACAAUAUUGGGGUGGUGGCAGCUGUUUUUGGCGGUGCCAGCGUGAAAUAUGUGGGAAUUGAAGCGGAAGUCAAUAACUACUUGCCGUCUCCGGUUCCGUCUGCCCAGUACUCCAGUUUCUGGAGCUUUCUCCGCAGCUUCUCUCCCAAAACACUCUUCCAGCUCUUAUCGUCUAGUCCCACGUCGUUCGGGUUGAUCAUCCAUUCCAUGGCCGACGGUGUGGCCAUGGGGUCCUCGGUCUCCAGCUCCAACAUGAAGCUCAAGGGCGUCAUCUUCAUCGCCAUUGCGCUCCACAAGAUCCCCGCCGCUUUUGGGCUUGUCUCGGUGUUGAUGAGCUCUAACGUGCAUGUGCACACCAUCAAGUUGCACUUGGCGCUCUUUGCCCUUGCGGCUCCGCUUGGCUCGUGGGUGACGUUUCUCGCUAUCCACUUACUUGGAGGCUCGCCUGGUGUCAUCGAGUGGUGGACCGGGGCCUUGCUUUUGUUCAGUGGCGGUACCUUCCUCUAUGUGGCUGUGCACGCGAUGCAGGACGUCGCGGGGCAAGAUGGAAAGGCUGUUUCUGCCGGCAGUGACUCGACGGCUGUGCAAACAGGUCUCACCAUUAGCGACUUUGGUAUCUCUGCCCUCGGCAUGGUCUUGCCGUUGUUAGUGGCUAGUGUCCGAGAAUAGAGCCGUUUGCCUUGUAUAUCAGUAAAAAAAG